UCCUUCCAGCGCAAGCGGGCGGCGCGCUCCGGAGGGAGAGCUGGGGCUGGAGGUUCCUACCCCCUCGGCGGCCCGCAUCUGCCCCCGCGCGCCUGCCCUGAGCACGCCCCAACUGGGCAGCCGGGGGCGUCCCCACUUCUCUCCCCCCGGGCGGGGGAGCCGGGGGGCAGCGCCGGAGCCCGGGGGGAGCGCAGCCCCGCCGACCGGCCGGCCAGGGCAGGGGGCAGCUAGGACGGCCCGGGAUCUAGGACCUCUGCCUGGGAAGAAGGAGGGGCCACCGAUCGCUUCUGAGUUGGGGACAGGGCCACUCUUGGGCCUGUCCAGGUGGAGGCCACAGAGGGCCCAGGGCAAGCAGAGACAGCAAUGGUUGGUCCUGACGGUGGCUGAGCCCCCAGCCCCUGGAAUAUGCAGCCCUGGGGAGCCCCAGACAGCGGCAAGGACGAGGUGGCGGAGUGGGGCGGGAGGCAUGGUCUCCACCUACCGGGUGGCUGUGCUGGGGGCGCGAGGUGUGGGCAAGAGUGCCAUUGUGCGCCAGUUUUUGUACAACGAGUUCAGCGAGGUCUGCGUGCCCACCACCGCCCGCCGCCUCUACCUGCCUGCUGUUGUCAUGAACGGCCACGUGCACGACCUCCAGAUCCUCGACUUCCCACCCAUCAGCACCUUCCCUGUCAACACGCUGCAGGAGUGGGCAGAUGCCUGCUGCAGGGGACUCCGGAGCGUCCACGCCUACAUCCUGGUCUACGACAUCUGCUGCUUUGACAGCUUUGAGUACGUGAAGACCAUCCGCCAGCAGAUCCUGGAGACAAGGGUGAUCGGCACCUCAGAGACGCCCAUCAUCAUCGUGGGCAACAAGCGGGACCUGCAGCGCGGUCGCGUGAUCCCGCGCUGGAACGUGUCGCACCUGGUGCGCAAGACCUGGAAGUGCGGCUACGUGGAAUGCUCGGCCAAGUACAACUGGCACAUCCUGCUGCUCUUCAGCGAGCUGCUCAAGAGCGUCGGCUGCGCCCGUUGCAAGCACGUGCACGCUGCUCUGCGCUUCCAGGGCGCGCUGCGCCGCAACCGCUGCGCCAUCAUGUGACCCCUGCGCGCCCUGCAAGCUGCACCAGCACUGUCCGGGCGGAGGGUGGGGCAGUGCUGCGGCGGUUUCCCCGCUUGACUGCGGGGCCGGAGCGGGGAGCAGAAGGGAAUGGAACUGUGACGGUUCCUGCCUGAGGCCCCUGCAGCCACGCACCUCCCGGUGAGAGGCAGAGCGCGAGUAACUGCUCGGCCCUGCCCCUUGCCCCCGUGGCUUCCUGGGACAGCCGCCUUCAGUGCUGUAUUUAGUGCAGUGUCCGACCCGACCCGCGGGGGUGCCACAGCCUUUUGGGAUGGGGGUGAGCGUGCAAUGGAGGGGGGGGGUGGCGAGAUGCUGCCUUGGCCGGGCCGCCACCUGUGUUCUCCAGAAUGUGUCUGUCUUUGCCGUUUCCGGUGUCUGUCCACCCAAGCGUCUGUGGGUCCUUACCUGUCUCACCCACCCUCCAGUCACCCCGCCCCAGCUCCGCUCACAGGGCUCUCAUUUCAUCCAUUCCCUUGUAGCAGAUCCUGUCAGCUUCUUUGUGAGGCCAGGCCUUCCGGCUGUCAGCACCACCGGCACAAGGCAGAGCGAUGCAGGUUGCCCAAGGACCACGAUCAAGGGGUUCGGGGGCUGAGGUCCCAGAUCAGUGAGGGGAGAAAGUUGAGCUCUCCAGCUUCCAGGGAGACCUCCCAGCCCAGCAGCCCCCAGAGACACAACCACCUACCUUCCAGCCUUAACUCGAUGGUCCUUCCCUGCCAGGUGCCCCUCACUCUUCCUGACCCCAAAGCCAGAUCACUCCCUGGGUUAAAACUUUUUUUUUUUUGACAGAGUGUGGAAAGGGGAUCCCCUAAGGGAUAGCUUCUUUUCCAUGAUGCCAGGUUCCAGUCCUUUAUUCCCUCCUGCAUAUUGCAAUCUGCUCUGUCAGACUGGGGAAUGUUGGGUUCUGGGCGCUGGUCGUGGGCAGGAUGGUGCCCAGAAGGGGGUCAGGUUGUGCCAGGGAAGAUUCUGUUGCCCCGUCUUACCCUAAUCUGACUACCCCAGACUCUGCCUGCCUCAGAUCUCAGACUACCCUGAUUAAUCUGGGGAAGAACAGAGCCAGGGAAGGAAUCGUGGGGAGGCCUGUGCUUGGGCGAGAUGCGCCUGCAUCCUUACCCACAGAUGAAGGCCCAAAGGAUCUGACAACCUCUUGUCCCAACACCAGUCAGCCCUAUGCCCUAACUCACUCUACCCCAUUUUCUCCGGCUGCCUGGCCGGGUUUCUACCUCUCGUCACCGGAGCUGAUCACUGUCAGUUUUGUACCGAUUUAGAAAUAAUGAUGAUGAAGAGUCUAGGAAUGGCCUGAGGGAAUGAUGUCGAACUUGGAGGGAGAAGUGGUGCCCUGUCUUCUGCCCCACUGGCAAAGAAAGCUGUCCCUGAGGCUGAGCCCUCAGCCCUGGCCUGGUGGGAGGACAGCAGGGUCCCUUGUUCUAAGAGGCGCAAAGAGGACAACUUUGCUUUGGCCAACUUAGCCAAGGCUGCAGCACAUAAACCAGGAAAUCAGGUACCCCAGAGUGGUGAUGGAGAAAAGUCUGGGAGAAGGGUCAUGGGUGGGGAAUUUAUCACCAACACCCAUUGUAGGGGCAAUCUAUGAUGCUUCUGCUUCCCUGGCUGAUUCUCACUCUGUCCACCAAGUGGGGGUAGCACAGCCCCACAGCAACUGCCCUGACCUUGGGUAGUCUCCUGUUCCUGGGUUCUGGUACCUGCUGUGCUGCAGGACUUUGGGCAAAGCGACCUGCCCUCUGUGAGCCUCCCUCUGAAACAGAGGAGGUGGCUCCCCUUCUCCACACUUUAGAGUGGCUGGGAGGGUAACAAAGAGGGCCUGCUCCUUUAGUCUCCUGCACCCUGCCCCCUGGUUCACCAGAGGGAGAGGAUGAGGGAUGGCAGCAUCUCACAUGCCUCAUCACCCCCAACUCUGAAGCACCUGAGGUGGAGGAGGCAGGGCCUAGCCCUCUGGCUGCCCCCUGUGGGAGCCAUUGGAAUGUACCCCCAGACAGUCCCUCUCCUGCCUUUACUUCAACCCAGGUCUUGGAUUUCAGGUCCCUCUGCUCCCCAAUCUGAACCUGUCCCUCCCUUCCCAACACCUCCCAGGGUUUCCUACCACAGGGUCUGGAAGUGUGUGUGCUGCCCAUUGAGCUGUUAUCAGAAGUCAGAUUAAAAAUCAGGGAGUGUUUUCCCUUGUUUCUGUA